ACAACUGACACAUAACGUCAGUAGUUGUCUAUUUUCACUGGUGACUAAUUUUUGAGAAUUAGUAAUUGGUUUCGUAUUUUUUUCUUAACAAAAGGGCAAAAUGAGCUUUUUUGGAAAAUUGUUCGGGGGGAAAAAGGAAGAGAUAGCCCCUAGUCCUGGGGAGGCUAUUCAAAAACUCAGAGAGACUGAAGAAAUGUUAAUAAAAAAACAGGAUUUUUUAGAAAAGAAGAUAGAAGAAUUUACCAUGGUAGCAAAGAAAAAUGCGUCGAAAAAUAAAAGAGUUGCACUCCAAGCCCUCAAAAAGAAGAAACGAUUGGAAAAGACCCAACUACAAAUAGAUGGAACCCUUACAACUAUUGAAAUGCAGAGGGAAGCCCUCGAAGGAGCUAGCACAAAUACUGCUGUAUUAGAUUCUAUGAAAAAUGCUGCAGAUGCCCUUAAGAAAGCUCAUAAGAAUUUGAAUGUAGAUGAUGUUCACGAUAUCAUGGAUGACAUAGCCGAACAACACGACAUAGCCAACGAAAUCACAAACGCUAUUAGCAAUCCUGUCGGAUUCACCGACGAUCUGGAUGACGAUGAAUUAGAAAAAGAAUUAGAAGAGCUCGAACAAGAAGGAUUGGAAGAAGACCUGCUCCAAGUGCCAGGUCCAACUCAACUGCCGGCUGUGCCUGCUGAUGCAGUUGCUACUAAACCAAUCAAACCAGCAGCUAAAAAAGUUGAAGAUGAUGACGAUAUGAAAGAAUUGGAAGCCUGGGCCUCGUAAAAUUCCUGAAAUCUGGAUAUUUGUAAACGAAAUCACCCAUCUAAGAUGAAAACAUUAUAAAUAUAUAGGUAAUAACAGCUAAAAACGUUUCAAUGUAGAACAAGCUUUUGCUGAAAAGGCGUCUUGCAAAAAAUGUUGAUAAUUUAGAAUUCUCUAUAUAUUAUAUAUUUGCCCUUUAAGGAAAGAUUUCUUUUAUAGUCAUAGUUCAACCAAACGUUUCAUAAAUUAGAAUACAGGGGUGUCAGAAUUCUACGUGAAUUUAUUGAAAAAAAAGAACUUUCCUUAAAGUUGGCAUAAUGAUAUUUUUGAAAUUAUGUAAAUAGGUAUAUGUAUGCUCUUACUAACGGUUUUAAUAUUGGGUUUAGAAGCACCUUAAUUUUAUUUUUAUACAAGGUAGUAACAUUUUUUCAUUGUAAUUUGUUAAAAAAUAUUGUAUAACGCAAAAAAUGGUGUGAUAAAGCAAAAUAUUAUUGAGUGCUUAUUUUCUUAUUUUAUUAAAAGAUCUUAUUUACGUUAAAUCUAAAUAUAUUGGGUAUCUCAGAAUAUGUUAACAAAGGUUUCUUGUAUCAACAGAAAAAUACAAACUUAUUCAUUAUUGUGGUUCAUUUGAUUAUGCUUGUGUAUAUUUAAUCUGCCAUAAACAAGUUUUGAUAAAUGUCACUGCUCUGUACUUUUUGUUUUUCUGACUGUAGUUUCUGUCGUUUGUAAUUCCUUGGUCUCGGCCAUCGCCCAUACACACAUAGGGAAUGUUGUAUAAAAGAAAUGAUAGUAGACUAGCAAUGGCCCGAACAGCAAGAAUUAAAUAAUUAAAAUAUGGAAAGACUGAAUACUAAGCUGAGAUUGGUCAAAGCCCUUAUUUUUCCUAUUGCUAUAUACGCAGCUGAAACAUGGACUCUCAAAAAAAUCAAUCGAAGUAAGAUCGAAGCCUUCGAAAUGUAGGUCUACAGAAUUAUUGUACCCGUGUCCUGGAGAGAACACAGAACCAACCUGUCAAUUCUGAAAGAGCUUCAUAUAAAAGACAAGGUAUUAAAAAAAGUAUACCGACCAUACUUAAAUUACUUUGGUAAAGUAACGAUUACUAUACGAAGAGGCAAAUCGUUACUUUGAUUACUCUGAUUACUUCGUACCAAUCGUAUCAGAGCGAGUAACGACUAUUGUAUCUACUUUGAUUACUUCGUAUCAGAGCGAAUAACGACUAUUGUAUCUACUUUGAUUACUCUGAUUACUUCGUACCAAUCGUAUCAGAGCGAGUAACAACUAUUGUAUCUACUUUGAUUAUUCUGAUUACUUCGUACCAAUCGUAUCAGAGCGAGUAACAACUAUUGUCAGGGCCGCGUUUAGGUCAAAUGACGCCCUAGGCAAUUCUCUAGUAGCCGCCCUUCAAACAUGUACCAUUUUUGCGAAAAAAAAUGCAAGCAGAAUUUUUUAUUUAAAUAAGAAUGUUAUUGCACAAAUCUCGGUGUUCUUCAAAUAAUGUUUAGAAAUGUGUUAAAAAUAUUCUUUAUUUUACAUCAGGCGUAAUGUUACAUAUUACUAUUAUAAGUAUGUUUGAGCGUUUGGAACUGUGUCCAAUGCAUGCGUUUUAAUGCAUGAUACGUAGAAAUUGCCUGUUUGUAGCCGCACCUACUUGUUCGAUUUUAAAUGAGAGAUGCAUUGAAAACAUUACUCAAGCACUAUGUGUUUAUAGCUUUGUUUAACAAUAAAAAAAUUAAUUUUUAGCAAUGCAAAUAAUCAAAACCGGUAUAAUUUGACAUGCACUUUCAAAUGCGGUAAGCAGAAUUGCUAUUUUAUUUUUUAAUCAAAAGUUAUUCGGAUUCAAAAAUUGCAAUUUUUCGAUAUUUUGAAAGUUCAACCGCGUCUAUCUCGAAAACUAUGCAUCCUACGAAAAAACUUUAACAACAUUUUUUGCUUAGAAUGACCCAAAAAAAAUAGAAAAAAGGUUUGUUUUGCUAAGAAUCACUGUUAUGUAAUUCCUCAAGUUCUUUGUUUAUAAUAACCUUAUCCGGAAAAAAUUAGACUGUUUUAAUAAAUAUCUAGACAAAUUGCAUAUUUGUAAUGUACACAAAAGUACAUACAAAUUAAAAGUUCUAAAAAAAUAAAUUUUGUAAUUUUAUGUCAACUAUCUUAAUUGAGUGCAAAAAAUGCAAGAAAUCGCGUUGAUUGCACUAAAUUGUUAAUAAUUAAAAACAGACGCGAACUCUAGGCAGGAAACAAGUAGGUUUUCAUCCUAUAGGUCAACAGUCAACAAUAACUAAAAACGUAGUCAUCUACCUCAAUAUUUCAGUGGCCCGAACAUGGUCUAUUUUUUGCUUAUUUCCCUGGAGUAGGUAUAUCAGUGUGACGACACUAACCUUAUCUACUUGUAAUAAUACAGUUUGAAAAUCCCAACCCUAACUCGAUGUCCUACUGUCGACAAGUCAAAUCUUUAGUUUUUGCAAAAUGUGCAAUAUUGAAGUGUUCAAUGGCCCACCGCAUUUGCCCAGCUGCCGGCGGCCUAAUAAUCACUAAAUUUAUGACUUCCAUCCUUUUUAAAUGAAUAGUGUUAAGAUAACAGAAUGCUAUGUUUGAUUUAUUUUUGUUAUGAAUGCAGUUUGUUUUAUUCUAUUUAGAAAUGAAUGCCAACUUCUAUUUCAUUGAUGGAUGAACAUACAGACUUGUUAUUCGAUUUUAAUUUUUAUAUACAAAUAUUUUUUUGUACAGUAUUUUUGCCGCCCUCUCACAAUUUGCCGCCCUAGGCAACUGCCUAUAUUGCCUAAUGGAUACAGCAGCCCUGACUAUUGUAUCUACAACCUGUACACUUAAAUACUUUCUACCAAUCGUAUCCCAGCGAGUAACGGACGAGACACGUAUUUUACGAGUGUUAUCGAAUAUCGUUAUCGGUUUGAAACGUUUUAAGGGUGUGAGGGUGAGGAGAAGAUAGAAGAUGAAACAGAGGGAGAUAUAAUGUAUAGGUAAAAUAUUUAAUGUAUGUCGCUAACAAAGAUCGAAUGCGAGAACCCUAUAUUUUUAUCUCGAUCUAUAUCUAUACCUAUACAAAAUACCUACCUACUGAGAAAUACGAUUCUCGAUAUGAUUACCGGUACUCAAAUACAAAAGUCAUCAUAGUAAUCAAAGUAACGAAUACUGUAAAUGAUUACUUUAUACAAAAGUAACGAUUUGUAACGAAUACUCGACAGUAACUAUAAUCAACAUCACUAAUAGUCGGAAGAACGUGGACUAUAUAAUUAUUAAUAUUAGAAGGAAAUGCCGAAGACCAAGAAGAAGAUCUCGAACACGAUGGACAGACCAAAUUAAGACUCUGGUGGGAAAAUCACAAUAUGAAAGCGUCCAUCUGGCACAGGAUCGCAGCCAUUGGAUACAGCAAGCUAACAAUAUUUAGAGUAUCACCACGCCCCGACAAAGGCUCAAGGAAUGAGGAGGAGAGGGUUUUCAUAUUGAAACUAAUUGUAAAGGUGCGUCAAGAUAUGCUCCGAAUGCCGUAUCGAACCUCCUCGCGAACUUAAAUGUGGACGGCACCCUGCAACAACGUACUGAACCUCGUCGCGAUCAGGGUGCAACAUCGAACUGUUCCACUAGUUUCCGGUAAAUCCAUCCACAUCAAAGUAAAGGGUCGUCGAAAGGUUCAGAACGAGGUUUGCCGUAAAUUCACAUGUGGACUAGUUUGCGAAGCAUUCGGCGUUUCGGUCAUUGUUAUUUUGAAAUUGAGUGCAUCAACAUGGAAUGAAUGGAUGAGAAUUGUACUACUAAUAGAAAAUUAUCGAGAAAACGAAAUAUUAUGGGAACCAAAGAGUCCCAGAUAUUAUAACAAAAUAAAAAAAUAAUGCAUAAGUAUAUAAGCUGAUGCAGCAACGUCCAUCUUGCAGUAAAGGUGUUAAGGCAAUUACUGAUGGAACAUCAAAAUGUUCGGUUCGUUGCUUAUUUCAAGACCCCUUGCGACAACGUCGCGAACCUCUGUUGAUCGCUUCGAUGUUCGCGACGAGGUUCGAUACGGCAUGGCAUUCGGAGCAUGUGUGGACGCACCCUUAGUACAACGAGUUUUAUUUCUGUAGAAGUUUUUUGACAGUUUACAAACGGUGCGCUCUAUGCUUGUAUGAAAAUUAACUUUUUUCUUAUGGUUGUAUGGUUAUCAAAUACUAUUGACUGUAAAACAUCCAACUCCCACAAAAAUCUGGAAGCACGUUGCCACUAGCGCCACUGUCGGCUUGAGUUGAACUACGUUUUGACAACGUAAAAUUUGACGUAAACAUUCAAAUUUAAUUUUAUAAAUUUUUGAAUAACGAGCUAAUUUUGCUAAAUUAAAUUAAAAUAAAAAUAGUUCAAACACUUAUACAAAAACAAUUAUAAAGCCAUUUUAUAAAUGUAAGGUUAGAUUGCUCUGGUUAUCCUACUCAUACCGCUAGAUGGCGCUAUUUUUUUGCUUCCUCAAAGUUAAUGGGAAAUGUCAAGAGUUGUGUGUAUUACAGUCUAUAGUAUUUGGUGAUAGUACGGACUAUGUCAUAAUUAUAAUUUAUGAGGCCAAUCCUCGCCAAUGAAGAAGUACUUCGCUGAAUGACCGGCAAAAGGCGUUAAAAUUCUGUAAAAUGUACAACUGACAAUUAUAGUUCAGCGCAAAUUUAAGUACAUGCAGCAUAGCUGCAUGCUGCAUGAUUCGCGAGGUUAGUGUGUAGAGAUCCAGACAGCAGCUGUAGAUUAAAAGAAAUUAUUAUCAUGAUGCGAUAGGAUGCGAUGGAAAAGCUUAUGGGUAAACUAUGAGUUAACAAAAAUCCUCAAAUCGAUACAAGGGUUUGCAAAAGAUAGUUGUAAUACGAUCUAAGCAAAUCGUACAAUAGGGAUGUAGUAUAGUAUUAAUACAGUACGAAAGUAUUUAUUUUAUAUUCGGUUUAAAAUUUACUAAAAAUAAAAUAAAAUGUCGCGUUUUAGGGUUUUCUAUUAUAGAAACUACCGUUUCUCAAAUAUCAAUAAAUUUUAUUCAACGGUCUUCCAAUGACUCCAUCCCGUUUUCUUUGGUGUUCGUCUGAAAGUGUUGCAAAUGUCUCUGUUAUAGCCGCAAUGGCUUCUUGUUUGGACGACAAGCACUGAUAAGAAAAACUGACUUAAAUUUUAAAAAACAGAUGAAAUUCUAAGAGAAUCAAACCUGGAAUUUAGAUGGGUCUUCCAUUACUUCAUAGUGUAGAUCCUCCUAAUCCAAGAUAUUUUGUGGACAGUUUCAUUGUCCUGGCAGAAAAGGAUUAGUGAUCAUCUCAUGAUCUUGACCUUGUAGAAAACUCUAUAUUGUUGAAUUCCGAUGAAAGAUGUGCGAUAUCUGAGCGAUUCCAAGAGCUUAUCAGACUACCUUAGUAAAUCAUGUACAGUAAGCGCCACCCUACUAGAUACAUGGGUAGGUACCUAAUUGCUAUGUUUAUGUGCUAGUCCGGUCCGUUCUCAAAUGUGACUUUCAUCCCUGUCAUGUUACUGUCAAGAAACUAUUCAAAAUAAUUGUUUUUCCGUACAAAAAAUACAUUAAUUAAUAGUAUUAGUACUCUGCUUUAAAAUAACUUUAUUCAAACACCAAGAAUAUUACAAUACUUUAAAACUUUUACAAAACAAAAUGACAACUAUAAACGUCAAAAUUAGAUCAGCUGAUCUAUUAUUUGUCAACUUCAUAUGUUAAUAUUGUCCUUUUCAUGAUCAUUUUUCAGUGCGUAACAAAUGAUAGGAGAAAGGGUAAGUCCGUGAUAAUACACAUUUAUGACAUUUAUUCUAACAUGACAUUUUAGUUAAAUCUGACAGUUGUCACAUUUUAUUUUCAAUUUGGAAUAAAAACAAAGCAAAUGUGUUUCUUGCAUUUAUAAAAUGGUAUUUUCUUUGAUUUGUAUAGUGUAUAGUCUUAUAAAUUAUACAGAUUAUAUUUGUAAUAUUAUUAUCUAAUUAAAAAAAAUUAUUUUUUUAUUAUGGCGCCAUCUAUCGACAACUAAAAUAACUAGAAGAAAUGUUAUAAAAAUGUCACCGACGAAAUGUAAUCACCGACGUGCUUUUUUUUCUGUCUCAUACAAGUUAAUGUGUUAGAAAGAAAUCGAAAAACUGUGACGCACUGAAAGAUGAUCAUGAGAAAUAAUUUAUUCAGUUUCUAUACAUUUUCUGACGUUCUAAACGUCACUAGACAUAAAUAAACAAGUGAAGGGUCCAGGACUGUAAUAGCUCUAUGUUCCUAUGUAUCUAGUAGGGUGGCGCGCACUGUAUAAUUGGAUUAUUAUUCAAUUUGUCUACUGUAACGUCUCGGUUCUUAAUACAACUCCUGGCUUUUUUUAUUUAUUUUUUGUAUUUUUUUUUCAGGGAACCUUUUUUAUCUAGUUAUUUUUUUAUAAUAAUAGUAAACCAUGAUUUUUAUUUUUUUCCCAAUUGAGUGCAUAGAUAAAAGCGCGUUUGCAUAUAUGGGACACCCAGUAUUAAAAAAUAUGCAUUACAUUUUUCUUUACUUGGACCUUGUGUACCUGUAACCUACAUUCACCAAAUUGUGUUUUGUAUUCUAAUUUUAAAUACAGUAAUAUAUUUUGAUUCACUUA